AUGACUCAAUCGUUCGAUAUAGACUAUGUCCUGGCGAAUAUCAGCGACCAGGAUAAGAUCGCUUUACUCUCAGGAAUCGACUUCUGGCACACGCAUCCCAUUCCAGAGUUCAAUGUGCCCUCGGUGCGAGUAACGGAUGGCCCAAACGGAAUCAGAGGCACGAAAUUCUUUGCAGGUAUACCGGCUGCUUGCCUCCCAUGCGGGACAGCGCUGGGUGCGAUCUGGGAUCGGGACUUGCUGCGACGCGCGGGACAACUGCUUGGAGAUGAGUGCAUAGCAAAGGGCGCACACUGCUGGCUUGGCCCAACAGUCAACAUGCAAAGAUCUCCGCUCGGAGGCCGUGGCUUUGAGUCAUUCUCCGAGGACCCAUACCUGGCAGGCGUGGCUGCGGCCUCGAUGAUCACAGGCUGCGAGAGCAAGGGUGUUAUUGCUACGGUGAAACACUUUGUUGGCAACGACCAGGAGCACGAGCGCCGUGCCGUCGAUGUGAUUGUGACACCACGCGCCUUCCGCGAGAUUUACCUUCGUCCGUUCCAGAUUGUUGCACGCGAUGCGAACCCCGGUGCGCUGAUGACCUCGUACAAUAAGAUCAAUGGGAAGCAUGUCGUCGAGAAUCCGGAGAUUUAUGACUUGAUACGCAAGGAGUGGGGUUGGGAUCCGUUGUUCAUGAGCGACUGGUAUGGCACAUACACCACAAUUGACUCAACAAAUGCGGGACUAGACCUGGAGAUGCCUGGGGUGUCGAGGUAUAGAGGGAAGUAUAUCGAGUCCGCAAUGCAGGCACGACUCAUCAAGCAGUCCACUCUCGAUGCACGAGCCCGCAAGGUGUUGGAGUUUGUGCAGCGAGCAAGCCGGACUAAGGUCUCGGAGGUUGAAGAAGGACGCGACCACCCAGAGGACCGCGAGCUUAACCGCACUCUCUGUGCUAACAGCAUCGUGUUGCUGAAGAACGAAGGGAACCUCCUUCCACUUCCAAAGAACACAAAGAAAAUCGCGCUCAUCGGAUCUCAUGUCAAGACGCCGGCAAUCUCGGGCGGUGGUAGCGCUUCUCUGAAGCCAUACUAUGCCGUAUCGCUGUAUGAUGCGGUACGAGAAGCUGUCCCCAACGCAGAGUUGGUGUAUGAGACUGGGGCAUAUGCACACAAUAUGCUUCCAGUGAUUGAUCGUCUGCUGAGCAAUGCACUCAUUCACUUUUACAAUGAGCCGAUGACCAAGCCAGACCGUAAGCGUCUUGGAACGGAGCCCGUGCCGACUACGGCCUUCCAGUUCAUGGACUACAAGCUUGCCGGUCUCAACCGAGCACUCUUCUGGGCCACUUUGAUUGGCGAUUUCACUCCCGAUGCGACCGGCAUCUGGGACUUUGGACUUACUGUGUUUGGCACGGCCAAUUUGUACAUCGAUGACGAGUUGAUCAUUGAUAACACCACUAACCAGACAAAGGGCACGGCCUUCUUCGGGAAAGGGACAAUUGAGGAAACUGGCUCGAAGGCGCUGGUCGCGGGGCGGACAUACAAGAUCCGGAUUGAGUUCGGUUCGGGCAAUACAGCCACGAUGAAGACCACAGGGAUGGUGAACUUUGGGGGCGGCGCCGCGAAUCUUGGCGCAUCUCUGCGCAUGGACCCCGAAGAGAUGGUUGAUCGAGCUGUGAAGGCUGCUGUAGACGCCGACUACGCCAUUAUCUGCACUGGACUGAACCAGGACUGGGAGUCGGAGGGAUUCGAUCGCUCCCAUAUGGACCUCCCACCCGGAAUCGACAGAAUGAUCACCCAGGUGUUGAAAGUAGCCGGGGACAAAACAGUCGUUGUCAACCAAUCCGGAACUCCUGUCACUAUGCCUUGGGUGGACCGGGCGAAGUCAAUCGUGCAGGCAUGGUAUGGAGGUAAUGAGACGGGACACGGAAUAGCUGAUGUGGUAUUCGGCGAUCUCAACCCUUGCGGUAAGCUCUCGCUGUCGUGGCCUAUCGACGUGAAACACAAUCCCGCGUACCUGAAUUAUGCAAGCGUUGGCGGUCGGGUGCUAUACGGUGAGGACAUCUACGUCGGGUACCGGUUCUAUGAGAAGACCGGCCGUGAAGUUCUGUUUCCUUUCGGUCAUGGCCUCUCGUACACGACGUUCGCGGUGUCCCCCGAAGUAUCCGUUUCGCCUAAUACAUUCGCACCAGAGAGCCCUCCCACUGCAACAGUGCGGAUCAAGAACACCGGCAAGGUUCCGGGCGCGCAGGUGCUGCAGCUGUACAUCGCCGCUCCCAACAGCCCUACAGCGCGCCCGCAAAAAGAGCUGCAAGGGUUCGAAAAGGUGUUCCUGCAGGCAGGAGAGGAAAAGAUCGUGGAUAUCAAGCUGGACAAAUAUGCCACAAGUUUCUGGGAUGAAAUCGAGGAAAUGUGGAAAAGCGAAGCAGGCGUAUACGAGGUGCUGGUUGGGACAUCAAGCGAGGAUAUUGUCGCUCGUGGCCAGUUCCGAGUCGACCAGACGCGGUACUGGCGGGGCCUUUAG